AUGACGGAUAACUUACCAGAACCCGACUUAUAUAUCGAUUACAAAGCUUUCUUAACGAAUAGUUUUGACCCAAAAGAAUAUGCAAAUUCCACCAUUAAUGCGACCUCGGACGGUGACAAUGAUAUUACAAUAUCACUGGCAAAAUUGUCAUUUAGUAUAGAUAAUUUGAAUAAACAAUUACAUGACCAGGUUACAUCCCAUUUUGAGGAUUUGAUAUCACAAGCCUCUGGAAUAAGGGAAUUAGAAGUUGUGUUGAAUACUGUUAAAGAUGGAAUUCAAUCACUCAACUUAUCAUUAGAUAGAUUGAAAACAAAGAUAUAUACACCUUACGCGCAGAUAAAGAAUUACUCUGUGCAAUUGGAAAGAUUACAAGCCGCAUCAGAGUUAUUACGUCAUGUCGAAAGAUUCUUUUAUCUAGCGAGAUGUUUAGAAGGUCAAUUAACAGAUAUUGAUAACGAAGGUGAAAAAGGAAUUGAAUAUAUUAAAGCUGCUUCGAACCUUGGUGAAUUAGAGGCUCUUUCGCAAGAUGUCGAUUUGAAUGGGAUUGAACUUGUGCAAGCUCAAUUACCGGUAAUUUUACAGGCCAAAAAUAAAAUCACCGGAGAAGCUCAACGAUUAUUAAAUGAAGGAAUAAUUAAUCAGAAUGGAACAGAUAUCUCUAUUGGUCUUCAAAUAUUUCAUAACCUUCAUGGAAUGGGAGAGCGCGUUUCCAAAUAUGUCGACGAUAUUUCUGGAAAAUUAUUGAAUCAGAUGAAAUAUACUGUUGACUUCGUGUCAUUGCAAAAAGAAGUUAAAGAUUCUGGUGUUGUUCCAUUAAAAGGAAUUCGCCGGUUAGGAUCAGAACCAAGUACUGGAACAACGGCGUUAUUGGCUACAGCAUUGUGGAAACGAAUGGAAGUAUUGAUGGAUGAUAUUUACGAAAACUGUAGUAAGAUUUGUACGUUAGAACGCGUGCUUGCUAGUGAAAUAGAUGUGAUGUCUCAUAAUACGUAUUUAGAUGAAGUUUCCAAGAUCUUAGAUGGAGGGUUGGUACAACAUUUUUGGAAAGUUCUUUCUUUAAAUUUCGAAAAAGAAUUAAAAGAAGCCACCAAGGGGUCGACUUUUCUACAACAAACACUUGUCAGUGGAUAUCCAAAGUUACUAAAGUUAUUCUAUGACUUGUUUGUGAAACUUGAAAAACGUGGUGAUUUAAAGUUAGAUGGCGACUUUCAAAGUCAAGAAACCAUAGUUAUGCUUCAUAGUAUAUCGAGUUUCGAAGCAGGUUAUUUGGCUCGUUCAGUAACGAGAAUGUUCGAUCCAAUUAACACGGCAUUUCCUACUGGAUUAUCUCGUGCUCCUCCGAUUAAAAGUGAUGUUACAAAUUUCAUACGAGUAAUUUCUAGUGAAUUGGAAAUUGCCAAAGUUGAUUCAAACUUGCUACGAUCUGUAGCGAAGAAUGUUGUCAAAGCUUUGAAUUUAUAUUGCGUCAAGUCCGAAUCUAUGGCCGCAGUUGAUCCAACAGCAUAUCAAAUAUCUGGAACUGGUCCAACAACCGCUUCACAAAAUGUAAAUUUUGAACUUGUUACAACUUUAUAUCAAUUACAUCAAUCCGUUUGGAAGGUGUUAGAAGAGUAUCCCGAUGGAGUUACUGAAAUAAUAUUUGAUGCUGUUGGGCAUACAAGGGAAGUUAUGCUUGAUAUAAUUGAUCCAUUGAUACAACAUAUUAAGAAAGAGCUUGAAAAUACUUUACUCAAAAUUCAUCGCGAAGAUUUUUCAAGACAACAAGUGUCAAAGGGUUUUAUGCUUGGACAACAAUCUGAAGGACAAUGUAGUGCAUAUAUGAUUGAACUUUCAAAUAAGGUUAAACAUAUUCAAAGCCAAUAUUUCUCAAGAAUUUCUUGUGGAUUGGAAAGUAAAGAAUGUAUGGUUCGACCGUUAAGUGAAACGGGAAAAUUGAAGUUAAUAGGUGAUAUGUCACAAUUGGAAUAUUCUUUGAAUCAAUUACUUAUUGAUAAUGGAUUGACUUUGGCAGAUUUAGAGGAAGAAUAUAAAGCAUUAAAAGCAUUUAGACAAUUAUUAUUCUUGGACAAUUCUCAAUUAACAGCAGCACAUCACACAGCAUCACUUCCAUUAUUAAUCUUAAUCCAUCAUAUCAUCGUUCGUUCACCAUUGAAUACAUUACAAUUACCGCACAAGAUUUAUGGAUGGACUGAAUUAGAAUAUUCUAGAUGGUUAGAUGAACAUAAUGAAGGUGAAGGUAUUGAAUUAAUUAAAGGGUGUUUAAGGACCAGUGCAGAAUUAGAAGUAAUUCAAGAAGAAGAGCUGAUUGAAGAAAAAUUGGUUAGAGCCUUAUUAAAGGAAAGAGCAGGAAUUGAAGUUUAA